AUGUCUGAUAGGCUAAAUAGAGAUAAAAGGUUUGCUUACCAAGAAUUCGAUUUCGUGGGCCAAGAAGAGUCUACGACUCUGAUAUCGGGAUCUAGUUCAGAUACCGAGCAAUUAUCAGAUGCUGAAGUUGAUAGCCUUCAUGAAAAACGUCUUGAUGCUAAAAAUUCGGGAAUGAAAGAAGAGGAUUACAAUUUCAUUAAUCCACAAUUUGGUGGAGAUGAUGAUCUCAAUUUUCCAGGUCCCAAUACUUUCUCCGAUUCUGCUGCUAGUGCCAACGGUGGUGUUGGAGCUACUCAAAUUGGUGCUGCCGAUGAAGAUUUAGCUCGAAACGGUUUCAUUCCCAGAUUUGGAGGUGACUACGGUAGUCCAAUUAGUUCUUCUAAAGAAAAAAAGGGAUCUAGCAGUCGUCGUGAGCACGGGCAUAGAAGAUUCAGACACGAGGCAAAAAUUCCUGUUGAAGGAUUUGUACAUCGUGGACACCAUGGAUCUCAUAGAUCUCACAGAAUUGGAGUACACGGGCAUGAGCAUCCUACUUUUGGACAUCAAGCGGCUUACGGAGUUUACAAUAAUGCCUACCCUGUUCCAGGAUUGUCAUACUUCAAUCCUUUCGUCAACGAUCCUCCUAUUGGUUCUCAGCUUCCUUAUGGAGCAUCGGCUAGACUGAUGGCUAGACCAUUCCAUGCUACUCAUGUACCUCUAUCGUAUGAUCAUCAUCCACCAGCUCCACCAGCUCCACCAGCCCCACCAGCCCCACCAGCUCCACCAGCUCCACCUGCUCCACCAGCUCCACCAGCUCCACCAGCUCCACCUGCUCCACCAGCUCCAGGUGAACCAGCUCCUCCUCAUUAUCAUCCACCACACCAUCCUCAUCCACCACACCAUCCUCAUCCACCACACCAUCCUCAUCCACCACACCCUCCUCAUCCACCACACCAUCUUCAUUAUCAUCAUUCGUUUCAAAACCCAGGAAAUCUAGAGAACCCUGAGGAACCUCCUCGUAGAUUUGUGUGUUCUUGGGGCCGUAAAGUUAAACGCGAUCCUGUUCCAGUAUUUGACUACCCUGUUUGUUACAGAGGUUAUGCUACUCGUGAAAGACCACCACCUCCUCCGCCCCGCUGUUUCCUCUACAAAGGAGAUCCAUUACCUCACUGGAAUGAGAAGAACUGGGACUGGGAAUUUGACGACGACAACAGAGAAGCCACCAGGCGUUUCCGCUGUAGACAGAGACAUCGCAAGAUAUUUAGAAUCGCCUUCGUGGUGUUUUUGGUGCUUUUGGCUCUCCUAUACUUCUUUGGUCCUCGAUUUGAACCUUUUAAGUCGAUAGCCUAG